GUGUGAAGUGUUGAUAAGUUUUUUUUAAACUGACACAUACGUACAAAUAUCAUAGUAGCUACGCAAAGACAAUCGGAUUGCAAACUGGCUUAUACCAGUUCUAUCUGGGGGAUUGAAACUUUGAGAAAGCCCCUAUAAUUUGUAUUACACUAAAUAUAUUUUUGUUAUUCACAGCGACAAUGCGAACUUUACUAUACAGAUAUGUUCCUGCUCUUAAAAGCAAUUUUUUUACAAAAUCGCAAGGAUUUCACAAGUCUGUUGGAGUCUUGCAGAGAUUGGCGACAGAAGAACCGAAGGCACCAUUUAUUCAAACAGAAAUUCCAGGUCCGAAGUCCAGGACAUUAUUUAAUGAACUAAGUACUGUUCAGAAUUCUCUAGCAGUACAAUUUUUUGUUGACUAUGACAAAAGUUAUGGGAACUACCUCGUGGAUGUAGAUGGGAAUGUCAUGCUCGACAUGUUUACACAGAUAGCUUCUAUUCCUAUUGGUUAUAAUCACCCAUGUUUGGUUGAGACAAUUAAAAAGGAGGAAAAUUUGUCUACCUUUAUUAACAGACCUGCACUUGCCGUUUUUCCACCAGGAGACUGGCUGCAACGGCUACAAUCAUCACUGUUGGCGGUGGCGCCUCCUGGACUUAAUGAGAUACAAACAAUGGCAUGUGGUGCCUGUUCUAUCGAACAUGGAAUGAAAGCCAUGUUUAUUGCGUAUCAGAGAAAGAAACGUGGAGGUCAACCACCGUCUAAAGAAGAACUGCAGACUUGCAUUACAGGUGUAGCACCGGGUUGUCCCGAUUUAUGUAUUCUUUCCUUCAAAAAUGCAUUUCAUGGACGCACAAUGGGAGCUUUAGCCAUUACCCACAGUAAACCCGUCCAUAAACUUGAUUUCCCUGUUCCAUAUUGGCCAAUGGCGUCUUUCCCAAUACUCAAAUAUCCCUUGGAGGAAAAUGUAAGGGAAAAUCAAGCUGAAGAGAGAAGGUGUUUGGAAGAGGUUGAAGAUCUUAUUGUAUCAUGGAACAAAUCCGGGAGACCAGUAGUCGGCUGUGUUAUAGAACCCAUGCAAGCUGAAGGGGGAGACAACUUUGCUUCGGCUGAAUUUUUCCAAGGAUUGCAGGAAAUUUGUUCAAAGCAUGACGUUAGUUUAGCAAUAGAUGAAGUUCAAACUGGAUGUGGUUCCACGGGAAAAUUUUGGGCACAUGAACAUUUUAACCUGAAGGAGUCCCCAGACAUUGUUGCCUUUAGUAAGAAAAUGCUGACUGGUGGAUUUUACUACAAAGAACACUACAGACCACACGAGGCUCAGCGAAUUUUCAACACCUGGGUUGGAGAUCCAUCAAAGGUCAUUUUAUUAGAAGCUGUAGUUAAAGUAAUCAAGGAGCAGAAUUUAUUGGCAAGAGUCAAUGACACCGGAAAAUGUUUGUUUGGUGGAUUACAAGGGCUUCAGACACAAUAUCCUAAUUUACUGAGCAGACUCCGAGGUCUUGGUUGUUAUGGAUCUAUUGAUUUGCCGUCAAUGGAAAUACGUGACAAAGUAAUUUCAAAACUCAGAGCUAAAGGAGUAAAUACUGGUGGCUGUGGAGAGAAAUCUAUAAGAUUUAGACCAACUCUUACCUUGGAGAAACACCAUGUUGAUAUUUUCCUUGACAAAUUCAAUUCGGUUUUGCACGAAGUUGAUUCUUCACAAGAAAAAUGUGAAAGAGCUAAAGCUUAGAAAGGACUUGGUGUUUUAACAUACCUUUAAGGAAGUUUUGUGAAGGUACAUUGUUUGUCCUAAAACAAGGAUUAUACACCAGUCACCACAAUUAAACAAAUUGUAAUGUGAACCAGUCAUUUUUAUCUUAAUAUCAUCUAAAUAGUCGGAUUUUUUUUAUUAUGCCAUGUUUACCCUUUCAAUCAAUUUCCAGACUUAGACACUUCGGUAAAUUCAGUACUGGUCAGACAAUUCGCUUGCAGUCAAUUUAGUACUGUUUAGUACUUUUCAUACCAUUCAGUAUAGUAUGUUGUGUGCUCUGUACAGGUAAAUAACAACUACUGAACAGUCUGAACAAAGACUAAAUAGAUCUUAAUUGAAUGCAAGCGAAUUGUCUUAACAGUACUAUAUUAACUGCAGUGGAUAAAUCUGAAAAGUGACUGAAAAACUGGAAAUGACUUAACAUUUUAUUGUUCAAUCUUUAUAAGAGCUGUUUAAGAUCAAAAUAACCGUUUCAGACAAAAUGUUGUUUACUAGUGCACUAUUGGCAGGAAAAAGUGAUGAAGCUGAUGUUUUGACUCAGUUUUCAGUUUUGUAAUAUAACAUUUCAUAUUGAAAUAUUUCUAAUGUGAAUGUAUAAAUGUGUAUUGAGAUAAUCAGUGGUCAACACAUUUUUUUUUGUGUAUAAUUGAAGUUAAAAUGUGUUUUGUUUAUGUAAAGAUUACUGUGUAUAUCUGAAAAUAAACAAUAUUGCCCUUGCUUUAGUGGUUGUUCUACUCAAGUGUGUGUUAUCUUUUAUUCUAUUUUUGUGUGUUUGCACGUUGUUAGUUUUGUUUCUAGUUCGAGUAUAUUCUUCUCAUUUUAUAAUAUUAUAAUUAUUUUAAGAUUUAUAUGUGUGUUAGUUAUUGAGAUUUUUUUAGUAGCGGGCUUGUUAUUCUUGAUUUAAGAUAUAGAUGUGUACUCAUUUUUUUCAAACAUUAAAACUAUAACAUAUACUGUAUACAUUGUAUACGUCUUCCCUAUGCCCAACAUAUUGUAAAUCAUACUAUAUGAUGACAAAAAAUAAUAUUCACAAUAUGCUAUCUUUUAACGUAUACUUUAAGAUGAUUUUUUGGGAGGGGGAUAGCCUAUGUCCGACAAUUUGCACAUCUUUCAGUUGUGACAUCAUACAUCAUAAUUUGGCCCUUUACUCCAGAAAUUUUUACUUAAGUAUGAAAUCAAUUUUCUGCAAAAAGCAAAAGGUUUACUACAAGGAAUUAUUUGAAUCUAGAAUAAUUUUGAAUUCAGGAAAAUUGAUAAGAAAUGUAUGAUGAAAAACUAACCCAAUUAAGGAGGGUAAGCCAUGCAUGCAUGGCUAAGGGGGCUUGUUAGUUCAUAAUGAAAUAUCAGUGAAAGUAACCUGAACCUUAGCCAUGCACGCAUGGCUAUCCCACUAAAGUUUGGUUAGUUUUCAUCAUACAUUUCUUAACAAUUUUCCAGAAUUCAAAAUUAUUCCAGAUUCAAAUUAUUCCGUGUUAUAAGCAUUUUGUGAAUAUGAAAUUGUUCACUUCCCUUUUGUGAACUCGGAUCAUCAUUAUCGUAAUGUUUUCUUGUUUUACGGUUAGGUUGUUGCUUGUGUUUUUUAAAAGCUUUAGAAACAGUGUAAGGAAAUUUUGUUUUGUUUCAUUUGUUUUAUGAUCAAGAAAACUGACCUUAUUAUGGAACAUAUUUUUUACUUCCUCUAAACUCAUUUUAAACAUUGUUUGAUUUCUAGGUCAUUAAUACAUGUUUUGUUUUUGUUGAAAUUACAAUUCAAUCUUAAGAAUCAUUGCAAGUGCUGGAAUAAUAUGUCAAAGAAAAUAUUGAGCAUACGGAGAACAGAACAGGAAAUACUUGACUUUUAAGAAAUCUCAGGAUACCACGGUAUACAUGUUUUGGUGCUGCAUAAUGUUACCAUUAAAUAGAAAAAUACUCAUUUUGAGCUGUUUUCAGUGGUCACAUGUGAUACUAAAACAGCAAUGGAAAUUGUUGUUGUAUGAAUGGUUUUUUAUGUAAGGAUUAUAAAUACUAAUUUUAUGAUAAACUGACUAUUUUACAAACAUUUCUCAAUGCUUUACUUGUAUGGAUAAUCUACAUAUGAAUUUUGAAAAGUCACGAAUGUACAUAGUGAAACGUUUAUUAUGAAUAAAGAUUCAUGUAAAAAAGAA